UACUCUCCUGACGCCAUCAUUCCUUGUUUGCAAUCACGACUCUCGAGCGCGUUUUUUUCACGUCUCCGACGAAGCCGUUGGAAUCCGUUACAGUAUACAGUAGUACUGUACGGCAUUGUCAUUACUUAUUCGUUUUCACCUAUAUUGCUUACACAAAAUUAAUAAACACAAAACUAUAAAAUGAAUGUACCCGAUGAUGUUCCCACAUUCAAAUGUGUAUUGGUUGGUGAUGGAGGUACUGGCAAGACAACAUUCGUUAAACGUCAUUUGACUGGUGAAUUUGAAAAAAAAUACGUGGCCACAUUGGGAGUAGAAGUACAUCCGUUAGUAUUCCAUACAACUCGUGGUGUCAUUCGAUUCAAUGUUUGGGAUACUGCUGGUCAAGAGAAAUUUGGAGGUCUCAGAGACGGAUAUUAUAUUCAAGGUCAAUGUGCUAUCAUCAUGUUUGAUGUUACUAGCCGUAUCACUUACAAAAAUGUACCUAAUUGGCAUAGAGAUUUGGUGAGAGUAUGUGAAGGCAUUCCAAUUGUGCUUUGUGGCAACAAAGUGGAUAUCAAGGAUAGGAAAGUAAAAGCUAAAACAAUAGUUUUCCAUCGCAAGAAGAAUUUACAGUAUUACGACAUUAGUGCAAAGAGUAAUUACAAUUUUGAAAAACCAUUCCUGUGGAUGGCCAGAAAAUUAAUCGGUGAUCCCAACCUUGAGUUUGUUGCAAUGCCUGCUCUUGUACCUCCUGAAAUUAAGAUGGAUCCUCAAUGGCAAGAUCAAAUAGAACAAGACCUUAAGGAGGCUCAAGAAACAGCAUUGCCUGACGAGGAUGAAGACUUGUAAUUUAUUAGUCCCCAUAAUUUCAAUGAUUUGUCUGUCUGAAUUGUCUCAAUUAAUUGAUUUUCUUGCACAUUAAGUUGAAUCUUUUUUUUAUAUAUAUACUUAUUAAUAAUAAACUUUGCCUGUAUUUUUCCAACAAACAGAAACUUAAAUUAGUUAGUUAUUAUUUAACUCAGAAAAUCAGAUUAUCAAUCUAAUGUACAGUUUAUUUAUUAAUUUUUUUUUUUUAUUUUAUAUUGUAAUUGUAUGUCAUAGUAUGUGUGCUUAUUAUGAACAUUAAAUUACAUUCAGUAAAUAUCAACAGAA